AUGGAGCAAGCAAAAUCGCGAUGCAAUAGCCUCUUGGCCAUUGGCCUGUUGGUGAACCUCAUACUGACUCUCGCUUCAGUUGGAGUUGUUAUUUACAAAGUACGAGUUUUGGAGGAACAGGUGUUUCAGCUUCAGUCAAGGCCGCGGGUGACAUUGCAGGCUGAAACUAUCGAUAGUGGAGAUUAUGAAACAUCACAUCGAAUGAAAAGAUCUUCUGAGUCUGUUAGUGGGUCCAAAAACUGCGUCAGCUGCCACAAUGCUUGUGUCAAACUGUUUGGCUUAGGAACGUCAGCUAAGGUAAGAAUAAAUGACCCAUAAUCAUAUGAAGAAGAGGAUAUUUUUGAUGCACUGUUUCACUAUUUUCUCUAUUUCUCAUUCUUUUGAAGUGUAGUUGUUUUCUUGUAUAAACAAAAAGGGGACGAAUGUUGAUGAUGAUGAUGAUGAUGAUGAUGAUGAAGAACAUAAGGGGCCUUCUUGAAAAUCAUUUUAAAAUCCAUUUAUACAUACUAUAAUUGUUACUGGUCUACGCAACCAUUUUCCUUUUUCCCUAUUUGCGCUGUUCUGUCUAUUUUAUCUAUUUUUUUAAUAACAAUAAAAAUAAUUUUAUUCAACAUUAAAAUUAUGUAGAUAAUUUACAGAAAUAUUUGAGGAAAGAAUUAAGCACUACCCAACAUUAAGAAUUAUAUAAUCAUAAAAAUACAGUCACUGUGUCAACAACGCGGAUUUCCUAAAUACAUUCCUUGCGGCUCAGAUGCGAUCAAUAACUCUUGCAGGCAAUUUCUUUUGGUUCAUUUUUAGCUAGAUUAGGAUUUUUCAAUCCUUCCUGUAGUAGGAAGGGAUCGGUGCCCUAUCUGACAGCUCUCUGUUGAAGGAAAACAGGUGCAUCACCUACAACGCAAAAUCCAUCUCACUAAUUCAAAAAAUCUUUUUGUAAACAAUGGGAUUAUCAAUGUCCGGGCACUAAGAAAAUUCUGUGAUACACGCUGACAUAUUCAUAAAAUAAUUUAAGGGUCAAUUACUUUGUUGUCGCUGGCUUGAACCGACUUUAUUAUAAGAAGUGUUUCUAAACGUGCAUCACACAGAGCAGGUGUGAUUCUAACAGAUUCGAGAUAAAUUAUUUAUACAGUUAUUAUUGAUUUCAACAUAAUAUAUGCAAGAUACGAGUUAUUUUUUCAUGAUGAAUGAAAAGUCUCAAUGAUCGAUGACACUAACGGUUACAAGUUUAAUUGCAUAGCUUUGUUUUUGUUUUUUUUUUUCUUUAGGUUUCUGUCAAAUCUAACAAUGGCACAGAUAAAGGCGUAAUUUGCACAAGGGGUAAGUAAACUAUUUCCCACUAAAUGUUGCUGAAUAUAGUAUUGUUGACUAAAUAAUCUGGACAAACCCUGCGGUAUAUAAUAUAGAGUCAAACUGAAGUGAGUCGUUUGUCCGCGUCAGUUACGUUGAUAAUUAACUAAACUUGGAUUUCAUUGGUCGUCUGCCAGAGUUCAGUCUAGAUAUUUUUGGUUGCAAAGCCGCUAUAAAAUGCGACUGACGAAUUUAAUCCGUCUUUUGACGGUUUUUAUAUGCUGCCGCAUUCAGUAGUCAAAUUUGCGUAAUAGGGUAAACGCAUAUUUAACAAAAGAGUCAUAUUACGAUAUAGUAAUAACUUUUAAGAAGUAUACAAUGGACUAUUCUCUUCGUAAGUGAGACAUACUUAUACUCUUUCUUUCGAGCCACUUCUUUUCUUUCUUUAUUAAUUUCUUCUCUUUCUGUCUCCCUUUUUUGGACAAAAAGACAAAAGUGCAGUAGUUCCUCGCAUAAAAUCUCUCCAUGUCGCAAGAUCGUAUUUAAACUUAUUAUAAUUAAGUGACUCAGGGCUUGUCACUGAUAGUUCAACUUGUUGCUAUAAGGUGAACGGGGGCCGCAAGGAAAACAAGGACCUCGAGGCAAGCGCGGCAAGCAAGGUGAAGCAGGAAAAGCUGGUAAACAAGGACCACCUGGCGAAAAAGGCCCCCGGGGACCCAAAGGAAGACCUGGAAAAGCUUUUUCAGGAAACACAUCAAAACUGAUUGAAGAUAUAGGUAGUUAUAUCUACUUAAGAUGUACAACGGGCCAAGACCAAACUUUCCUUGCAAUUAACUUGACCGUUAACUGUUUCUCACGAAAAACAAAUGAUGGCCUGAAUAUUGAACGGGACGAGAACUGAAGAUCACCAUACUCUUUUCUAUUUUGCUAACUGGAUUUGAAUGUCAUUGUAAGUAUCACUAGGAAGGCAAAAUCCUUUCACAAUUAAAACUCUUACCUUCGCAGUUUCAUUCAGAGUAUGGAAGUAGCGUUGAUCAAACACACGGCAGUAGUGAAUGUUAAAUCCCUCUCACGCAAAUGUUCAGUGUUAGGUAGAGUAAUUGGGUGAAUUCAGUUUUCUAUUUACCCCACCCGGUUUUGGAGGUAACAAAUAUAAUCUUGAAAUAGACUACUAACUGCAGUUAUUAUUGCACGGAAACUAAUUACCGUGGCUGCAUGUUUAAAUACCCAGAUUUGCCCAAGAUCAACACCGGACCUCCUGCCAGUUUAACUACGAGGGAAGGAAACAACGCUUCCCUUCCAUGCUCCGCCAGUGGCAUCCCUAAACCGACGAUCACGUGGUACAAGAACGGUGAAGCGCUUGACAGUGCUAAUUAUGAUGCAGAUACAGGAAUGUUGACCCUUAACAGCAUUCAGUUUGCUGAUCGAGGUGUGUACAAAUGCGAGGCGAGGAAUUUUCUGGGGUUCGAUUCUGCUACUGUGGAAUUAUUUGUCCAAGGUAGGUGUUUAACCUUGAUGAAGCUGUAAUAUUCGCCAGUCCUUAAACGUAGGAGAGAUCUCUAGGAUCAGUUCACAAAAUAUUAGUCCUUUUGUGGCUGUGUAAAAUUAUCUAUAUUGUUGUUGUUGUUUUAUUAUUUUGUUGCGUAUAUGCUGUUCUUAGUUCUAAGCAGCGUGCGGUAGUUAACUUAUAUGAAUGUUUGUCAAUGUUAAACGAGUGUAUUACAGAUACGACUCAUUUUUGAGGGUUUAAACUUAAGAACCACUUAAAAAAAGACAUAAACGUUGAACUGGUUCAAGAAAAUAGCGGUAUUUAAUUAACUCGGGCAUGAACUAAAUGUCCUUUCCUAAAAGCCCCUCCGCUCAUUUCAUUAACAUAACUUAAACAAUUUUGCAGUGCCACCACGCUUUGUAGAGACACCUGAGGUAUAUCACGUGGGAUACGAGACUUGGGAUACCACUAUAUCAUGCAAUAUCUUUGGACAUCCACCGCCCGUAAUAAGAUGGACCCGAGCAUUCAGGCCAUUGCCUAUCGGCCGUCACGUGACUACUGGAAAAGACCUUAUUAUAAAGGAUACCGAGAAGAUAGACAGAGGACCAAUCAUGUGCCGAGGCGAUAACAGUCUUGGUCACGUGUACGCGCUGAUUGUGCUGGUGGUGAAGCCUGUUGGUAAGGAUAAAGUCUUUUGCAUUUUAAAAUUUAGGGAAUAGUAAAUGAAGGAUCAGAAGUUAUCUUUUUCGAACAACACUCGAAAUGGCAUUUACGUCCCAUGGACUAAUUUUGCUAGUUACCAUGAACCUAAAAAAAGUUUCCCCAACAUUUCCUGUUAUCAGUAAGUGCCACAAGAUCACAUGGCAAAUAACAAUAGAAAUGUUUCUUGACUUAAGUCUCUGAGCGAGGUACCAUGAACGACCUACUAUUGCAUGUCAACCAUGAGUUUGUUUUCUUAUUCUUUGGUGAUUUUUUAUUCUGAUUUCUAGUCAAUCCUGUUAUCACCACUUCACCACCCUCCUUCAUCGCAGUUACAAAGCUUUACGAUACAGUUACCAUGAUAUGUGCUGCUCGGGGCUCCCCUGUCCCCACCCUAGAGUGGCGCAAGGAUGGAGUAGUGAUUUCUACCAACACAACAUCAUCGACGGGAGAAGAAGUAAAUGGAGAGCUUGUUAUUUCUCGAUUUGGUCCCGCUGAUCAAGGCGUCUACACAUGUUUCUUUAAAAACUACGACAAUGGAACAGCAGAAACCUCAGCUACUGCAGGUAAAACAGUUAUUAUAUAAAAGUAAGCUUAGUAACAGAGGGGUUUCAACCCGUAAACACUUCGGCAGCGAUUGCAUUCAUGAAGGUUCUUUAGACCUUGCCAAAUAAACCUUGUUCAACAUUCUUGAUAGGUUAAUGUUUAUUAUUACCUGUUGAAGUUAUAUCUUCAGGCAUAUUCCUACGAAAAGAAAAAAGAAGAAGAAGAAGAAGAAGAAGAAGAAGAAGGAGAAGAAGAAGAAGAAGAAGAAGAAGAAGAAGAAGAAGAAGAAGAAGAAGAAGAAGAAGAAAAGAAAAGAAGUAUUACUACGUAAUAACAAAUAACAUUGCCUAAAUAAACUUUUCUUUUUAAUUUAGAACUUGUUGGUUGUGGAGACCCUGGCGUGCCUGUGCACGGUUAUAAGAUUGGAGAAAAUUACUGGGCAGGACAAAUGGUCAAAUAUACAUGUGAUACAGGAUACCGCUUAGAGGGACCUACAAACAGGAUGUGCCUGGAAAACGGAAAUUGGAGCGACGUAGUUCCAAAAUGUAAUGAAGUGGAGUUUUACGUACAGUUGAUUAUCGUUUUGUUAACUUAUAAAAAACUGAUUCUUUUGAUCUUUGGAAAUGACCUGAGUCUCCUGAGGCGAAAAAUCGGAAACAGAUUUAAUUGCCAACGAUAACUAUGCUCGCAAACCCUUUACGGGCUUAAGUUGUUAGUGUCAGUCUAGGUCAGUCUAAGCGCCUCUACAACUCUAUUUAACUACCAAGGCCUCAUAAAAUAAGUAUAUGUAUAUGCUUGAUUAAAACAGUAAACUGAUCCUUACGACAGGAAGGGUGAAAAAAAAUACAUAUAUAGAACAUAAAACAAUAAUCAAAUGGUAAAUUAAAUAAAAUAAAGUAAAUAAGUAAACAAAUAAGCUGUUUAUUGAUUCCAAAAACAAACAUUACGGAUUAAAAUUGACAAUUGGAUAAAACUAAAAAGACACUUAUUAAUAAAACAGCCUUUAAAACGUUCACUCCUAAUUUAAGGAAGUACACAGGAGCAGUUACUACGAUUCCUUAGCAAUCUUGUUCUACUGGGUGAAAGGAGAUCUGCCAAAGGGCCCUCAGCAGAAUUUGUGACGUUCUUCCACAACUUAUUAUCUGAGGGCUCUAGAAGGCUUAGAAUGGGCGUGGCCUCCUUGAGAAAGCCAAAACGAACAGCUCUUUUCUCAAGUGAAACUUGUCAAUUUUAGAAAGAUGCUUAUCAUAACUUGCAGCACCACAUACUGAAAUGCCAUGAGUAAAAAGAGGCACAAUCAUACUAUAGAAGAAGUGAUGUAAAGAGUCUAGACUACAACUAUACUUCUUGCACACUCGUAAUAUGUGCAUACGCCUUCCUGCUUUGCCGAGAAGAGAAUCGAUUUGCUUGUCCCUGUUUGUGGGAUUACUAUGAAAGUAAAAGGUUAAGAAAUAAUUCCUGUUUAAUAUCAAAAGUAAUAGUGUGGCGAGGUCUAUCAACUUUACCCUUAGUUUUAGUAAGGUUAAUAGUCAUAAGGUUGUUCUGGGCCCAACUAAGUAUGUUUUCCACUUUUCGGGGAGUUUGGUUUUGGGUUCCCUUAACCAAAACACUUAAAGUUAAGUCAUUUGCAACUUAACCAAAAUGGAUCUGUCAGAAUCAACAGCUUGUAUAUCAUUCAACAUUACAGAAAAAAGAAUAGGCCCUAAUAUAAUAGGCCCUGAGGUACACCCCUGUUUAUAGGCAAAAAAGGGGUCAUGUUACCAUCAGCUAUUAAUAAUCCAGCUAACAAUGUAGGGAUUGACGGGCAAUUCCCUAAACUUGUUAUUAAUAAAUAAAAUAAAGUGAUUAAGUGAAUCGAAGGCCUUAGAGGACGACAGGCUUCACUUCUGCUACCUAAAUAGUUUUCUCUAACAGUCUAAUAAUAAUAUCAGUAACAGAAAUAGGGCGAAGUUGAUUCAAGGAUGGCAGCGGGAUAUCCUUAGGAAUGGGGUAGAUAUUGGCAAAUACAAGGCACAGUUCGAGACUUGAUCGAUAAGAUAAAGAUGGAAGCAAUUACGGGAGCAAGUUCCUCUGCAAAUUCUGGAUAAUGUCAGCUCCCUCACACGUCUUCGCAGUGGAAAGAAAUCAUGAAGAGUAGCCCUUAGGGUAAUGUAGAGUAAAACAAGACGAGCUAAGACUCGCGUGGCAGCCAUGUUGGUGCCCAGCCCCCCAAAUUUAAUUCACCAUUUUUGUUUUCUUUCUUUAUACUUUUUCUCUCACUGUGAUGAACAAUGAACAUUUAAUCAAAGAGAACUUGAUUACGUAAUUAAGCUGAGUUUUGUUUUGAUUUAGAUAAGAUACGUUUCUGUUCUGUUUCAUUUAUCGAGUUUUUACGCCCCUAUUUUCAUGUACUAUUGUUCACAGUUUGAAUCAAUUACGUAGCUAGCCCUACCUGUUUUUUUAACCGGUUUUACAACUGUACACGUGAAUUGUACCCUUAUCAGAGAACGCCCCUUAAGUUUUUGUGGAGUUGGAGUUAGGAGAUCUACGGAGCAACAUCGGAGUUUUCAGAGCAGUUUUAUCUUUUUCGGAGUUACGUAACGUUGGAGUUUCUUUAGCCCUUUAGACAGGAUCAGACGUAAGUUUCAGCUUAUUGUAUUCAGUUUUCGUUUUCCUUUCAAUUUUGCUUCUUUUGUAAUUAGUCUUAGCCCCUUUUUUGAUCUUGUACAUUGUAAUUUCCCCUUUUAGUUUUCACCGCAUGUGUACAAUAAUUCAGACGAAUUGGUGUUCAAAUUAAAUGCUGUUGAGUCAACUUGUGCUGUUGAAUUCUAUACUGUAGUUGACACUUCCUGAUCUCCAGUGCAUAACAUCCCGUGUCCGCUGCACUGGGUACGCGACACUCACUCUUCCUGCCAUUAGGAUCAGUUUACUUUUUUAUAAUUUGUUAUUGGAGAUUUUACUGAUCCAGAUCUACUCAAGAUCCGACUGACUUCACUGAUUUGUUUCUGUGGUUUUGCCUUGACACGUCAGAGUAUAUGCUUAAUUCCUUGCGUGUGUAUAAUGUGUUUGUAAUUUUCAGGCCACCGUUUUUGUGAUGAGCCCUCUCCAGUGGAAAAUGGAUACAUAAUAGGAAAUGAAUUCUGGGAAGGACAAAAUAUCACGUACAAAUGCAACAAAGGUUAUUGGCUGAGAGGACCGCUGGUCAGAGUUUGCAAUGAAACGACUGGAAAUUGGAGCAUGGAAGCACCAAAAUGCGAAGGUGAACUUGAAAUACAAGAAAGAAGAUUGUGUUUUCAAGAGAGAAUGGUUUUAUUUAUUCCUUUAAAAUGGUAUUCUUGGUAUAGCCAAGGCGAUUAAAGAGAUUGUAAAUCUCCUUUGGUUUUCACUUUUCUCAAAAUUAAGGAAAUUUCUAUAUUUUGCACUACAUCAAGGUUUUAUACACGGAAUCGAAUGUUUCAGUUAUUAACUAAAGUCUUUGAAGAAAUCUAAAAAGGUUCUGUUUUUGUCAACAAUGUUGGGCUUUUUUAACAAUUUUGAUUUUUCUUUUUUUGUGACUCAGUUAAGAUAAUAAGUUUUAGAAAUUAGUGAAACUAACCAUUAAAAGCACAUUGCGAAUGGACCACUUUUGGCCAAAUUGAGCGAUACUUCAGUAUUCUUUGAUUUUAAGGGCAUUGGAAAUUUCCUAAAUAUAUUAUAAGGUAUAAAACAUUAACUUACACCAUCAUGUCUGUCUCUGGACAAGUAAGUUCAGUCUACAUGUCCAACAUUUAAAAAUUCCGGUAAAUGCUUGAAUUUGCUCAACAAUUGUUUUAUUCAACAGGGCCCGAAUUUGAACCAUCUAAAAUCCUCCUAGACAACAAGAAGUACUGGGAGCUGCUGAAGGGUUGGUUGGAGCCGGCAUCCACACUACCAUCCAAGUGGAAGCUCUGCUACCGAGCUAGGGACAAUGGAUGGAGUUCCAGCACAUUUCACUCACUGUGCGAUGGCCUGGGUCCCACAGUGACCUUUGUAAGGGUGGGAGAGUAUAUUUUUGGAGGAUAUACUGACCGAAACUGGCGUAAGUUUGUUUAUUUUAAUAAAUUAGGUUCCCUUGUCCCCAUCAAGUCAGAGAAAAAACAUCCGUAUGAGAAACUUUGGUAAGAAGAACAUAACGAUUAUUCUCCUCAUAUAUUUAAGAGGGGAAACUGGAAUGCAAAGUUGCUCCAAAAAGCAUUUUAAAGGAGUAUUAUUUUGAAAUUUCGGGGAAACCGUUUAAUUUCCCAAAAGAAAUAGGGUUCUUAAGAGUUACUCAUGAUUAAUUUACGACAGUUAAGCACAGAAACCUUUAAAAUACUUGUUGUUUUAGCAAUUGGAUUUAAAGUCAGUUUCCUUGCAGUACUGAAAAAUGCCUUUAAGGUAUUAUAUUUCUCAAGACCAUUACUGGCUCUAGAUAACAAGAGAAUCCAUUAGCCACGAGAUAAUCUUCAAAAGUGAUUUGGGGUGUGAAAAAAUUUUCACGUUAACUCGAAGUUAGGCCUCCUGACGAAUAAAAACUUUUGGCCGUUUCCCUGAUAGUCACAUACAAUCGUGUCAAUGGUAAGAGGGCAUCGACUCUAAAAACAUUUCUAGAAAAUCAUGAUCACGGGCACUCAAAAGGAAAAAAGUGAAACUGAAACGUGCCUAUUUGUGUAGUAUUUCUUCUUUAGGGGGUUGAGCCCAGUUCGUUACCCUUAUAACUUUAUUUCCAAGGUUUAACAAGGAAACCCGUUUCUAGGACCUCUCCUUUUCACUCCUGUAGCGUUCAUGAAGGUAAAGUGGGAGGGAGAAAAACUGGAAACAAGGUUGGUGGAAAAAGCUCUAAUGGUAUAUCAUUGCUGCGUGUAACAGAAAAGGAAAAUCGCCUUCUCUAGAUCUGGUCGGCCAAAAAAAUGAUACUUUUUUAUAUUUCCUAAUACAGUAAUCAAUUAACGCCAUUUGCUUUAGAUUCCAGCGGCUCCUACACAGACUCGGCCCACAGCUUUAUAUUCUCCUUUAAAAACAAAGAUGGCCUGGAACCUUUCAAGCUUCUCGUCAAAUAUACUAACGACGCCAUAUAUGGGAACAACGGCUAUGGCCCAACAUUUGGUGGUGGGCAUGAUUUUCACAUCGCCGAUGGCGCCGGUUCCAACACCAACUCGUACACAAAUUUAGGCCACAGUUACGUGCAAGUAGCGGGAUACAGAUAUAGUUCAAGUGAGGCAGGAAGCUUGUUGGCUGGAAGUUACAAUUUCCAACCCCAUGACGUGGAAGUGUUUUAUCAGACUUAUAAAAACUAA